AUGCUGCUGUUGGUGACCCUGGCUCUCCUUGCCGGUCCCACCUGCAGAGCCCAGAAUAUUCUGGGGAACAAUGUCGGCACCUAUUUCUAUGUUGCUGGUGAAGAGCAUGGGCAACUUAGGGGCCUGCGGAUAUUCUUAUCGGUAAUAGACCUCAUCAAAGGCAUCCAGCUGCGGUUUGGUGGUAACUGGAGUGACGUGUACGGAUCCCGGUCACUAAAAUAUAAAGAGUUCCUUCUGGAGGAUGGAGAGCACGUGACACAGGUGAGCGGCACCAGAAAGCUCUGCCUGACUUCCCUGAGCUUAACUACUGACAAGGGGCGAGCAGUCACCUUUGGUGUUAGACGUGGCUUCUCCUUUAAUGAAAGUGGUGGUUCAGAUAAGUAUCUAGUGACUGUCAAUGGUCUGUAUGCACCGGGCCUCUGCCUUAAUGGGAUGGGCUUCAAAUGGAAAAAUAUUCAUGAUGACGUUGACAACAAUGAUGAUGACAAGGAAGAUGAUGAUGAUGAACAUGAUAAGGACAAUGAGGAAGACCAUGGUGAUAAAGACAAUGACAAAGAUGAUGAUGAUGACAAGGAAGAUGACAACAAGGAAGAUGUUGAUGAUGAAAGAGAUGACAAAGAUGAUGAGGAGGAGGAGGAUGAACAGAAAGAUGAUGAUGACAAUGAUGAUGAAGACGAUGGCAAAGAUGAUGAUGGUGGUGGUGGUGAUGACGACGACGGUGAUGAGGAAGAAGAGUAGCAUGUUCAGAGCUCAGCCCUGCAUCCCCGCAUUCCACCACCUCCUCUCAGCCAAGCUUACCCACUCACAGGGACCAAUAGACCAGGUGACCCUGGGCUGGAGUAGGCAAAGUCCAAAUGCCCUUUAUCUCUCUGUCCAAUAAAGUAUGUGCAUCUACGUGA